CACUUCCACAGGAGGUUCGGCAACAUUCAUUUCUGAAAUUAUAACGCUUGUGUCUACAUCAUUACAGAGAUGGCCUGGGCAUUAGUCUUUGGACUCGUGUUGGCUUCGUUCUAUACUGCGUCUCAUAGCCAGGACACUGUCACAGUUAAGACCAAGAGAGGAACCAUAGUCGGACUCCGAUUCAACCCCAACCCUGCCACUAACGUCUCUUACGACGCUUUUCUCGGCAUACCUUAUGGUCAGAUACCUGCCAGAUUUCAGGUCGCCGAACCCAGGCCACCCUGGAGCACGGCCAAGGACACCAAGACAGACGGGCCUGCUUGUCCUCAACCUGCCUUACCGUACAAUGAAGAUUGUCUCUACAUGAACGUUUUUACUCCUUUAGUGAGUAAAUUUAUGUGUCACCAUUUACUUUGUUUCUAAAUAGUCAAGAAUAUU